CCUCUCUCUCUCGCCUUCUCUUCAAGGUUGCAGAUGCAUUCGACAGCUUCUCGUUGUUCUGCGACUGCGGUAUCUACUACCGUUCAAAGAAGAGGUAAUCUUUCUUCUUUGUUCUCGAACCCACAUUCUUCAAACCCCACUUCUAAUCCCCAAACCUCGCUUCAAAAUUUCCUCAGCGGUAACUUUAAAUCAGGAAACAUCAAUCUCCAUGACGCAUUUCGCUUCUUUGACCAGAUGCUUUCCGUGCAACCCAUUGCUCCAAUUUCAUCGUUCAAUCACUUGUUAGGUGCGGUUGCCAAAUCCAAGCAUUACAGUCACGUAAUCUCUCUGUGUAGAAGGAUGAGUCAAGUUGGAGUUUCGCCCAAUUAUGUCACUUUGAACAUUUUGCUUAAUAGCUUUUGUAGUUCGAAUCAAGUUGGUUUGGGCUUUGCUGUUUUGGGUGGAAUUUUGAAGAAGGGUUAUUGUCCAGAUGUUGUUACGUUCUCGUCAUUGAUUAAGGGGUUGUGUACGGUAGAUAAGAUUGGCGACGCAACCAAGUUGUUUAAGAAAAUGAUUGAAUUCGGUUGCCUACCCAAUGUAAUUACCUUUGGGACUUUGAUAAAUGGGUUGUGCAAAACGGGCAAUGUGGGGCUUGCAGUUCAAUUGCAUGACGAAAUGGUGAAUGAAAAUAGUCGUGCAGGUUUCAAAUACAGUCCUAAUGUACGUUGUUAUAGUAUGAUUAUUGAUGGUCUUUGUAAAGAUGGAAUGGUAGGUAAGGCUAAAGAAGUGUUCUUGGAGAUGAAGGGUAGGCAUAUUUCACCAGACGUGGUUUCCUAUAAUUCUUUAAUUUCUGGUUACUUCCAUGCUGAUGAGUGGGAAGAGGGCACAGGUUUCUUUAAUGAAAUGGUGGACAGAGGCAUUCGUCCUAAUGUGUUCACAUUCAAUACGUUAAUCAAUGCACUGUGCAACAAGGGUAAGACCAAAGAAGCAAAUAAGUUGUUAGAAUUGAUGAUUCAUAGAGGUGUAAAGCCUGAUACUUAUACAUACAACAUGUUGAUGGGUGGAUACUGCAUGGAGGGUAGAGUUGAUGAGGCAAGAGAAUUGUUUAUGCAGAUGGCAACCAAGGGCCAUGAAAGCGUUGUUAGUUACAGUGUGUUGAUCAAUGGGCAUUGCAAGAGUGGGGAGAGUGAUGAGGCGCUCAAACUUUACAAGCAUAUGAUUUCUACAGGAAAGAAGCCAAACAUUAUUACCUGUAACAUCUUGUUAACAGGUCUAUUUGACGAAGGGAAAGUUGAUAGUGCUCGUAAAAUUUAUUCUGAAUUAGAAUUUGAUGGCCUCAGACCAGAUUCAAUUACGCAUAAAAUUGUCUUGCGUGGGCUUUGCAGGAAUGAUUGCCUUCUUGAGGCAAAGAAAUUGAUGCAGGCUCUUGUAACUAAAGGAUUUCAACCAAGCAUUGCAAAUGUUGCCUGCAUCCUCUAUAGAUUUUGUAAAGCGGGACAGUUCGAAAUUGCUAGGGAAAUAUUCAGUGGAUUGUCUGAGAGAGGGUUGAUGCCAACUGUGGUAACAUAUACUAUCAUGAUACAAGGGCUUUGUAUGGAAGGGAAAUUGGAUGAGGCAAACCGUUUGUUUCAGGAAAUGGAGGAGAAGGGUUGUGCUCCAGAUGCUGUUGCAUUUAAUACCCUUAUGAGAGGUUUUCUUCAGAAUAAUGAAGCACUGAAAGUGCUAGAACUCCUUCAGAAAAUGGCAGCAAGAAAUCUUCCGGCAGAUGCAUCGACAGCCUCCAUAGUAAUAGACUUGCUCACAAAGGAUAACAAAUAUCUUGAGUAUAUAAAUUUGCUUCCAACAUUUCCUCACAUGGGUAGACAGGGUGAUACAGGCAAUGCUCUUGACCAGGCUCUUCCUAAAGAUCUUCCUUGGAAAUCGAAAGAAUCACGGGUGAUAGAGAUUCUUCAAGCUAUUAACAACAACAACGAUGGACUUGUGGAUUGGACAGAGUUCGUUGCAGCAGCUUUACACGUUCAUCAAUUGGAGGAACAUAACUUACAAAAGUGGCAUCUUAGGUCACUAGCUGCUUUCGAGAAAUUUGAUGUGGAUAGAGAUGGAAACAUAACCGCGGAGGAACUUAGAAUGGUGGAAUUGAUGUCAAUCGUCCUCACUCCCCGCCCUCUCUCUCUCGCCUUCUCUUCAAGGUUGCAGAUGCAUUCGACAGCUUCUCGUUGUUCUGCGACUGCGGUAUCUACUACCGUUCAAAGAAGAGGUAAUCUUUCUUCUUUGUUCUCGAACCCACAUUCUUCAAACCCCACUUCUAAUCCCCAAACCUCGCUUCAAAAUUUCCUCAGCGGUAACUUUAAAUCAGGAAACAUCAAUCUCCAUGACGCAUUUCGCUUCUUUGACCAGAUGCUUUCCGUGCAACCCAUUGCUCCAAUUUCAUCGUUCAAUCACUUGUUAGGUGCGGUUGCCAAAUCCAAGCAUUACAGUCACGUAAUCUCUCUGUGUAGAAGGAUGAGUCAAGUUGGAGUUUCGCCCAAUUAUGUCACUUUGAACAUUUUGCUUAAUAGCUUUUGUAGUUCGAAUCAAGUUGGUUUGGGCUUUGCUGUUAUGGGUGGAAUUUUGAAGAAAGGUUAUUGUCCAGAUGUUGUUACGUUCUCGUCAUUGAUUAAGGGGUUGUGUACGGUAGAUAAGAUUGGCGACGCAACCAAGUUGUUUAAGAAAAUGAUUGAAUUCGGUUGCCCACCCAAUGUAAUUACCUUUGGGACUUUGAUAAAUGGGUUGUGCAAAACGGGCAAUGUGGGGCUUGCAGUUCAAUUGCAUGACGAAAUGGUGAAUGGAAAUGGUCGUGCAGGUUUCAAAUACAGUCCUAAUGUACUUUGUUAUAGUAUGAUUAUUGAUGGUCUUUGUAAAGAUGGAAUGGUAGGUAAGGCUAAAGAAGUGUUCUUGGAGAUGAAGGGUAGGCAUAUUUCACCAGACGUGGUUUCCUAUAAUUCUUUAAUUUCUGGUUACUUCCAUGCUGAUGAGUGGGAAGAGGGCACAGGUUUCUUUAAUGAAAUGGUGGACAGAGGCAUUCGUCCUAAUGUGUUCACAUUCAAUACGUUAAUCAAUGCACUGUGCAACAAGGGUAAGACCAAAGAAGCAAAUAAGUUGUUAGAAUUGAUGAUUCAUAGAGGUGUAAAGCCUGAUACUUAUACAUACAACAUGUUGAUGGGUGGAUACUGCAUGGAGGGUAGAGUUGAUGAGGCAAGAGAAUUGUUUAUGCAGAUGGCAACCAAGGGCCAUGAAAGCGUUGUUAGUUACAGUGUGUUGAUCAAUGGGCAUUGCAAGAGUGGGAGGAGUGAUGAGGCGCUCAAACUUUACAAGCAUAUGAUUUCUACAGGAAAGAAGCCAAACAUUAUUACCUGUAACAUCUUGUUAACAGGUCUAUUUGAGGAAGGGAAAGUUGACAGUGCUCGUAAAAUUUAUUCUGAAAUAGAAUUUGAUGGCCUGAGACCAGAUUCAAUUACGCAUAAAAUUGUCUUGGGUGGGCUUUGCAAGAAUGGUUGCCUUCUUGAGGCAAUGGAAUUGAUUCAGGCUCUUGGAACUAAAGGAUUUCAACCAAGCAUUACAAUUGUUUCCUCCAUCCUUAAUGGAUUUUGUAAAGUGGGACAGUUCGAAGUUGCUAGGGAAAUAUUCAGUGGAUUGUCUGAGAGAGGGUUGAUGCCAACUGUGGUAACAUAUACUAUCAUGAUACAAGGGCUUUGUAUGGAAGGGAAAUUGGAUGAGGCAAACCGUUUGUUUCAAGAAAUGGAGGAAAAGGGUUGUGCUCCAGAUGCUGUUGCAUUUAAUACCCUUAUGAGAGGUUUUCUUCAGAAUAAUGAAGCACUGAAAGUGCUAGAACUCCUUCAGAAAAUGGCAGCAAGAAAUCUUCCGGCAGAUGCAUCGACAGCCUCCAUAGCUCUUACUAAAGAUCUUCCUUGGAAAUCGAAAGAAUCACGGGUGAUAGAGAUUCUUCAAGCUAUUGACAACAACAACGAUGGACUUGUGGAUUGGACAGAGUUUGUUGCAACAGCUUUACAUGUCCAUCAAUUGGAGGAACUUUAACGUACAAAAGUGGCAUCUUAGGUCACUAGCUGCUUUCAAAAAAUUUGAUGUGGAUAGAGAUGGAAACAUAACUGCGGAGGAACUUAGAAUGGAAAAAUUUAAUGUUGACGAGGGGCUUGCUAAAAAUUUUAUUUUGAAGAACAUUGGGAAGAAAUGGAAGGACAAUAGAUGUAAAUUAUACCAUGAGUGGUAUGAUCCCAAUAUUGGUCGAGAAGCAAAUAUUACAAAGCAUCCACCGGGAAUAUCUCAAGACCAAUGGGCAAGUUUUAUUGACUAUCGUGCACAAGAUAAGACUAAGGAGAUAUGUCAAAAAAAUGCUGAAAAUCGAUUCAAAUUGACAAUUCCACACACAGGAGGGUCGAAGAGUCUAGUAAGGAAAAAAUAUGAGAUGGAAAUUGAGAGUGGCCAGCCUGUGAGUAGGGGUUUAUUAUACAUUGCGACGCAUAAGAAGAAAGAUGGAUCUUUUGUGAAUGAAGGAGCACGAACUAUAAGCGAGAAAAUUUCUGAGAUUGAGAGCCAAGGCACGUCUUCACAGUCAGUCUCCUUAAAUGAUUCACUUGCUCGUGUGCUAGGAAAAGAACAUUCAAGCCGAGUUCGAGGUUUGGGCUUCGGUCCUAGUCCAAACCAAGUUUUUGGGACCACUGCUCAAUUCAGUGGGACACCCUCGUCAUCCAAUAAUACUAGUACAGCUGUUGUACAAUAUGUGAAAAAAUUGGAGGAAAAAUUAGAGACUAGUCAAUAAGAGGUUCGAAGUUUAAAGAGUGCAAUGGCUUAUAUUUUCACCAAUAUCGUGGGGAAUAUACCACCUGAGUUUGCUGCUAUGCUCAAUACAAUGGCACCAGAUGCACAUAGUGGACCAGUGUCACCAGCAGGAAGGCUCUCUUCUAAUGCAAGUCAUGACAUUCAUCAGACCCAUCAAGAUCCAAACCAACAAAGUUGAUGUGAUGAUAUGGAACUUCAUUUUGGAUAUUAAAUUGUUUAAAAUAUGUUACAUAUUUGGAUAUUUAAGUUGUAUUGAAUAUUUAUGGUUUAUUGAUUAAAUGGAUUGAAAUAUUGUGUAUGUGAAUUUUGUA